AUCGGAUCGAUUCAAUGGCCCUGAAAGUUGAAGUUUAUCAGAAAGAGAGAGUGAGGCCAUGUUCACCAACUCCCCAAACCUUGAGAAACUACAAGCUUUCUCUCAUUGAUAUAAUAUCCUCGACUUAUUAUAACCCCUUUGUUUUCUUCUACAACUCCGGCGCCGAUCGCCACGAUUAUGAUGAGCUCAAGAACUCGCUCAUGAAGACACUGUCCCUCUUGUAUCCGCUCGCCGGAAGAAUUAAAGAUGCAUCGACCAUCGAAUGCAACGACGAGGGUGCGGAUUUUGUCCUAGCUAAAGUUACCAAUUGUGAUUUGGGUGAGUUUCUCCGGCACCCCAAACACGAAGAUAUACGCCAGCUGCUCCCACUUGAUCCCUACCCAAACCCUAUUCACUCCGCCCUGCCAAUGUUAGCUGUUCAGGUCAACACAUUCCGGUGCGGCGGAACUGCGGUGGGGUUCUGCAUUUGGCACGGCCUGGCGGACGGCGGCGCGAUGACCGGAUUAUUUAACACAUGGGCGGCAAUCAACCGCGGAGAAGGACCCAUUAAUCCCGGCGGUCUCAUCGCGGACGCCUCCGCAACUUUCAGGCCGGGGAACCUCGUCAGCUCCCCGCUAAAGCCCUUUCCCCUCGAGAAACAGGGUAAGUACUCCUCGAAAAGAUUUGUUCUUUGCAAGCGGGAUAUUGAGCGGAUCAGAAACGAUUAUUAUCAGCCAUCGGAGCACAGCCGCCGUCCGUCUCGGGUGGAGGCGUUGUCGGCUUUCGUAUGGGCGGCGGUGAUACGGGCAACUCUACAGGCGAACCCAAACCUCAAGAUGCAUUUGCUGACAAAAAUGAUUAACGUGCGAAAUAAGUUGAACCCGCCAUUCCCUUCGCAGUGCCUAGGCAACAUCUACCAAAUGGUGGCCGCUCGGUGGGAAUUGGAAGCCGACAGGGGCGGAAGCGUUACUGCCGGGUUUCUUGUAGGAAGAGUCGUGGAAGCCAUCCACAAGGUUACCGACGACUACAUGAGGGAAAUGCAUGCGGAGGGUGGAUAUCUCCGAGCCGCGUUAGAUGUAUCAAAGGCGGCGGCGCUUCAUAAUGCGGAUGAGAUUAAUGUUUUAUUUAUAAGUAGUUUGUGUAAUAUUCCGUUUUCUCAAGUUGAUUUUGGGUGGGGCAAGCCAAUAUGGAUUGGCUUGGGUCAUACACUGGAGAACUUGGCUGUUUUUAUGGAUGCAGAAGAUGGGGGAGUAGAAGUGUGGAUUGGGUUGGCAAAAGAGGUUAUGUCCAAUUUAGACAAGGACAUGAAAUUUCAUGCUUAUGUGUCUUUCUCUCAAAUCAUUUCCGAACCGUCUUGUCCUCUGCAGUCUGCACUCUAACUGGAGGAUGGAGAAAGCUAAGCUAGGCAAGUCAUGCACAUGCCACAUGCAUCAUAUUGGGUUGGUUCUGUGGUUCAUCAUAUCACUUUAUUAAUUAGAGUAUUAUUUCUUAUCAUCAAAUAAUGGAGUUAAUACCUCUAAUGGUCCUCCGAGUAUUAGGGUAUUACCAGGUGUGGUCCUCCGAAUUUAAAACGACAACAAGACGUUCUCCGAGUUUUAAAAAAUAAUCACCAGUGGUCCUCCGUUAGGAUUGAUUUCAAAUGAGCGUUAAGUGUGAGGGUUAAUCGGUCAUUUCUAGUAUGAGUUAAUACCCCCAAUGGUCUUAUUUAAUUUGCUAUUUUUACUUGUUAAUUUUCCAUGCACCAAUAAUAAAGGUAUAUUUUAAUUAGUGAAAAAUAAUAUUUGCAAUU